CGUAUAAAAAGCAGAGCAAGGCAUCUCCAUGACACUCCAAAGCACAAACAGAAGCUGUGAAGACACGAGAAUCAUGAAGACUACAGCAAUACAGUUGGCAGCACUGGCCGUGUUGGUCAUUGCGACUGCAGCGCCACAGUACUUUGCCGAUACCAGCGUCCAGAACAAGCCAAUACCGAUCCUGCGCCAGGAGAACGAAGUAAAUAUUGAUGGAAGCUACAAAUACAGCUUUGAGACGGGGAACGGUAUCGCAGUGGAAGAGGCCGGAUUCUUGAAGAACGCGGGGAACCCCGAGACAGAGGCCCAAGUGGCUCAAGGCUCUGCGUCUUACACUUCCCCUGAGGGACAACAGAUCAAGCUCACGUACGUGGCAGACGAAAACGGGUUCCAGCCACAAGGGGCCCACCUGCCGACACCACCUCCUAUCCCAGAGCCCAUACAGAGGGCUCUGCAGUACCUAGCAACUUUACCGCCCAGUUCCCAAGAGGCAGCCCCCGUCAGACACUUCUAAGUAGACGACCGUCGAACUCCAGUGGGCAUACGGGUUCCAGAAACAUUAACUUAAAGAUUUUAUGAUAUUCAGGCAAAAUGGCGACAUAAUCACUAAUGAUGGAACCUCAGUAUUGUAUUCGGGAUGUUAUCAUUUUCAGAUGAAUUACAGAAAACCAGUUCUUGUCUCCAUAAA